AGUGAAUUGAGUGAUAGUGUCGUUGAAUUGAUUGAUCCGUUGGACACAUCUGUGGCCGCAUUGAUGGACACAUCGAGCCGUAUCUUUGAGGGCGUGAAGAGUGUGGGUCUGGUGUCGACACAUAUCCCACAUAUCGUGCGAUAUAUCGACAAAUUGUCUCAAAUCAAAGUCAUUACGGUUUCCAACAAUACUUUUCUGGUCUUCAAUAAUAAACUCAAACUCAUUGAAACUUGUGUGGCCCAUUCCUCCGACAUCAAUGUCAUAACCAGUGAUUCCAAGUAUGUCUACACUUCGGCUGACAACGAGAUCUUCGGCUGGAAAUAUGGCCACAAAUGGAAAUGUAAAUCAUUUGUGGGAUGUCUUCAAAGAGUUGAACAUAUUUUGCCAUUUGGUCCGCAUUUGAUUGGUAUCGACGCCGAGAAUGUACUCCGGGUUUGGGAAAUCCGUAGCCAAGAGUUGACACAAACGUUACCAUUCAAUGGGGACUCAUUCAGAAUGACAUCAAUCAUACAUCCGUCCACUUAUAUCAAUAAAGUACUGAUCGGUUCCUCUCAGGGAUCGCUUCAGUUAUGGAAUCUAAGAACACAAACACUGAUCCAUACAUUUGUUGGUUGGAAGAGUCGAGUGACCCAAUUAUCUCAGGCGCCAGCCAUUGAUAUAGUAGCCAUUGGUCUGGAGAACGGAUCCAUUUAUAUACAUAAUCUAAGAAUUGAUGAAACGCUUAUGAAGUUCAGACAGGAUUGGGGUUCAGUUCAGAGCAUGAGUUUUCGCAGCGAUGGUAAGCCAUAUAUGGUGUCCUCUUCAGCAACGGGUCAUUUAGCCGUUUGGAACUUAGAAGACAAAAGACUUGAGUCUCAGAUGAGACAUAUCCACAGCGGACCAGUUGUCGGCACCACUUUCAUUGAAAGAGAACCACUUCUCGUUACCAAUUCUUCCGAUAAUUCAUUAAAGAUAUGGUGUUUCGAUGAGUCCGAUAGCACCGGACGUAUUCUAUAUCAACGCGAAGGUCAUACGAAAUCGCCGACUAGAAUACGCUUUCACGGCUCUAAAGGCCAGUAUGUGUUAAGCGCUGGUCUGGACUCAAGUUUGAGAGCAUUUUCAAUAUUC